AAAAAAGUAAAAUCAACGAUAAGUGGAAUCAAUUUAAUAAUAAUUUUAUAUAUAAUUCUUGGAUUCAAGAACAAUCUGUCGAUUUAAAUCAAUUAUAAUUCAACAUUCCUAUAUUUAAUAACAAUCUUCAAUUCGAUUUUUGUUCAAGCAAUCAAUCAAUCAAUUAUUAUGAAACGAUUAUUACAUUGGGGACCAUUAAUAGCAUUGGCAAUUAUUAAAUGUAUUUCAUUGACAACAUUAUAUUUUACCGGUUAUUGGUUCACUUUUCAUCAUAAUGGUUGGCUAGCACUUAUCAAUUAUAUCUGCUAUUAUUGUCUAUUAGCGGUGACAUUAUAUAAUUUUCUUUGUGCCAUCAUUAUUGGUCCUGAUUAUGUACCAAAAGGAUGGCGUCCUGAAUGUGGUGAUGAUGAACAAUAUCUACAAUAUUGUUAUCAAUGUGAUGGCUAUAAAGCACCACGUAGUCAUCAUUGUUCCAAAUGUAAACGUUGUAUAUUGAAAAUGGAUCAUCAUUGUCCAUGGAUCAAUAAUUGUUGUGGUUAUCGUAAUCAAAAAUUUUUCUUUAAUUUUCUUCUUGCCGCUGUUAUUGGUUCAAUGCAAUCGGCUAUUUUGUUAUCGAUUACAUUAUAUCGAGCUUUAACAUUCAUACCAAAUAGUAGUGGUCAACGAUAUAUUCAUUUAACAAUAUGGAGUGCAUUUUUAAUAUUGAUCUCAAUUGGUAUGGCAAUCGGUGUUGUAUUUGCUGUUGGAUUUUUACUCUAUCUUCAGGCAAGGAUAAUCAUUUAUAAUUGUACCAGUAUUGAAGAUUGGAUUAAAAAAGCUGAAAAUCGUAAACGAUCCGAACCGUUUAUAUUUCCAUAUAAUUUAGGUGUAUGGCAAAAUAUUCGCCAGGUAUUAUGGCAACCAUUAUCCGAUGGUAUACGAUGGCCAGUAAGAAAUGGUUGUAAUCAAUAUACAUUGACUUAUGAACAAUUACAGCAGAAAAAAGAUAAAAUUGAUAAUGCAUCAUUAUAUCGUAUAAUACGGCCAUAUAAUGGUCGAUUUUUUCCAUUAUUUUCACAAGGAUUUAAAGUAUGCAUUACAUUUCCAAUUAAUGAUGAUCCACGUCUUGUGAUUGAAUCUGGUGAUGAAAUUCUUGUUACACAUUCCCAUAAAAAUUGGUUCUAUGGACAGAAAUUGACAAAAAAUGAAAAAAUUCAUCCAAAAGGAUGGUUUCCAUGUCAAUGUGCUGUAUUAAUGGUACGACCUACAUUAAUGUAUUAUACAAAUAAUAAUGAUUCUGGUGAUCAAAAUCAUCAUUAUUCUUCCGGUGAUGAUGGUCGUCGUGGUGAUGAU